CCGUGCAGAAGCUUGAUCAGUAAUAACAAGCAUCAGCGUGAUUGACAACAAAAUUGACAGCGGGAAAUCUCGUGUGAAAUUUUUACCAGCUAAGCACUGCAUGCAGCUAUGACGACUGGUGAUAUAUCCAACAAUAUUAGGAAGAUGAGAUCUAGACUGAAAGAAAUAAAAUACAGUGACACCUUUGAUGUCAAUUUACUAGCUGAGGGACAACCGGCUGCCUAUCUCCCAAUCUACCACUACGCCUUCACCAACUAUAGUCAACCAUUAGCUCAGCUUAUUCUUGACAAAGGUAUUGAGCUCUUUGGAAAAUCUGAUGCUAGAUUUAUGGAAGCAGUGUAUAAAAUAUUGAGAGACGUUUUUGUAUACAAGCCACCAAUUACAAAAGAACAGUUUUUUGCGAAAGGAUUUGCGGAAAGGAAAGUUAUCAUGUGUGCCGACAUACUACAGCUUGUGAAACAAAAACACAAAGAGUUAAAACCAGCGCCACCUAAAACAGCUAUGAAGACAAGUGUAAGACCGAAGUCAGCUGCUGAGACAAAGGCGUUACCUCUAGCAGUUCCAAAGACAAAGCUAGAAACAAGAAGACCUGAACCAGUCCGUCAUUUAUCAUCGGCCAUCAGUCAUCCACAUCCGGUCAGACAUGUUGCGAGACGUGAGUCAACAGAGUCGUCGGCGUCUUCAGAUCAUAGCGACUCUGUUCCCCGACCAAUUCUCUCCGUCCAUAAUGGGACCGCGAAGUUGAUGAAUAAACAUGUCAGCAUACAGUCACCAAGGGAGGUAAACCAUAUCUCACCAAGACAAGGUUCAUUACCACAGGGCUUACCACAGGGCGGACCACAGUGGCAGUUUGAAGAUACGCCAGAAGAUCUUGAUGAUGUCAAGUCACAUUUUAUGACUCCGAGCGUCAAGAAAGUGUGCACAAGAUCAAUAGAAAUGGUCACCAUGCCUCAAGGUGAUUAUGACGAUUUAGACAGAGAUACCAGUAUUGUAGAGAUUCAGGCUCGCACCAGGGACUCCCUGUUACAAUCACCUGUGUCUACCUCAAAUCUUGACAUCACCAGUCUGUAUCAGACAGUUGAGGCUUUAUCAAGUCAGGUGAUGAUGAUUGCUCGGAACCAGCAGGCUGGGGGUAAUGUUGCGACCGAUGGGAAAUUAGAUGAAGCUGUAUCCAAAAUAGAAAAUCUCACUGCAAGGCUGCUUCUAUUGGAAAACAGAAUGUCCAUCAUUGAGGCCAAGAUGGACACUAUACAAGUGUCUACCAACUCAGUGAAUUCACAUUCCACUUCCAACCAUGUUACAUUAGUCAACAACCAGUCAAAUAUGCGACCUUCUCAUGCAAAACCAACAGGGAACCAGUCAUCACCAGAAAAGCAACCUUCAAAACAGUCUUUUCCAGCCAGACAACCUACAAACCAGUCAAAACCUGAUUAUCCUCUUAAAGAAAACAGCUAUCUGCAGCCGGAAGUGAAACCUGUAUCACAAGACAUUUUACAGUCUGAUAUGUUAAAUGAAAAGUAUGUUUUCACAAGAGAUAGGGGUCAAGGAGACAACAAAAUGGACCAGUCAAACAUAGACCAGACUGGACUUUUCUCAGGACCAGGCAAUUCUUUUGCUGAAGAGCUACGAGCAAUGGGUGUCAGCCAGAAAGGCCAGAUUAAAGAAACCACAGAUUUUUCAUUAAACUACUCUCCUAUACGAAGAGUCAAUAAUGGUAUAGUAGGGUCAACCAUGUCCGCCAAUGAGGAUACUUUCGCUUUAGAAACAGAGGACGACGCUCGACGGGCUAGUACACCAACAUUUGGCGGAACAUUUUAUGGAGAAAAUUCUUUACAAUGCGACAUUUCACAUGUGGAGAUUAAAGAUACUGUGUCGAGAAUUCAUAAUAUGAUGAAAGAAACAACAAAGAUGAUGAAAGAACAAGCUGUAGUGCACCCAGUUCAGAGAGGAGCUGAACAGCCUGAUGUUGUGCAGCCACCAGAGGUCGACAGUAUCAACUGAAAUAGUGUUACUAUUUACAAAAUAUUUUGUUAUAACACAAUUUAGUGCUGUAAAAUAAAAAUGCCAGUGCUGUAAUCAAAGCUAUAAUAAACAAAUCAGCACAGUGAUUAAACAAAUAAGUUCCAAGUAAUAUGAACAUAAUAAUGCUGCAAUGGAAACAAACCAGUGUUGUAAAUUGAACAUGACAAUGUUGUAAUAUAACCUAACCAGUGCUGUGAUAUUAGCAAAGCACAGCUCUAAAGUAAACAAUUCAGUGCUGUAAAUAACUAACCAGUGUUAUAAUAUAGACAAACUUAUUUAGCAAAUUUAGCAUGAAAAUUAAACUCAUCAGUGCUAUAAUUUAAACAUAUCAUUGUUGUAAUAUAGACACAUUAGUGCUGUUAUAUAGACACAUUA